AGUCAACAGUCUUUCAGUACACCCAAUGAGCACACACAAGUGUCGCAAAUAAUUCUAUAAAUACUCUCAAUAUUUAUUUAAUAAAAAAUGUUUAAAUUAAAUGUUAUUAUAGUGCUGCUAACAGUGUUGGUGCAGUGUAGUAGUAGCUAUAAGUUGCUAUGUUUCUUCCCAUUCCCGAGUCGAAGUCAUGCCAAUUUAGGGGAGGGGUUUGUGAAAUAUCUCCUUAACGAUGGACAUGAAAUCACAUACGUAACUCCGAUACCGAUGAGAAGCACCCACGAGAGGCUGCGUCAGGUCGACGUUGGCUCAUUGAUGGAAUUCGCUAAAGGGUUAAACUUCCACGAAGUGCUGAAGCUAGAAGCCGACGACCGGCAGAUCCUGAUGGUGAUGCAUGUGAUGAACACGAUCUCGGAGCUGGCGGUGAAGCACGAGCGCGUACAGCAGUUAGUGAACCGCCCUGGGGAACACUUCGACGCAGUGAUCGUAGAGUGGAUGUUCAAUGAACUCUAUUCAGGUUUCUCCGCCGUGUUCAACUGCCCCCUAAUCUGGUCGGCAUCCAUGGACGUGCACUGGCUGGACGUCCGCAUCAUGCACGAGGCCCCUCCAGUCUCCUACAGUGCCUAUGCCGUAUCUGGAACAGCCCCCCCUUUUACGCUGAAACAACGUGUGUUGGAACUGUACGAGAGGGUGAAGGUUGUGCUUCUUCAGAAAUGGUUCAUAUCAUCUAAAGAAAUUCAACUUUACUACGAAGCUUUCGGCCCAGCAGUAGAAGCAAGAGGCAGGGAGUUGCCUCCCUACGAUGAUCUACGUGUGAAUGGAUCUAUGAUGUUUGGGAACAGCCACCCCUGUAUCGCCGAUGCCAUUAGUCUACCUCAGAACUACAAGUUCAUUGGAGGCUACCACAUUAUUGAAAAAGACAUGGAGCCUUUACCAAAUGCCUUAAAGCAACGGAUGGAUGAAUCGAAAGACGGUGUAAUAUUCUUUAGUUUGGGAUCAAUAGUAAACACACAAACCAUUUCUGAAGAAUUCAAGAAUAAUCUACUACAAGUAUUUGCGUCUUUGAAACAAACUGUGAUAUGGAAAAUGGAUGCCAGAACCAAAAACGUACCAAAAAAUGUUGUUCUAGUCAAAUGGGCCCCUCAGCAAAGCAUUUUAGCUCACCCGAACACGGUCCUGUUCAUCACACACGGGGGUCUGCUCUCCAUCAACGAAGCCAUACAUUUCGGAGUCCCAGUACUCGGCACUCCACUGUUCGGUGACCAGUUCAUGAAUAUCGGCAAACUAGUACAGAAAGGCAUGGCCAAGAGUGUCAGACUCUCUUCUGACCUUCAGCUGCAUUUGAAAAAUGCUAUUGUUGAGAUGGUCAGUAAUUCUAGUUACAGACUAAGAGCGCAGGAGUUGUCGGAGAUAUACCACGACCGUCUAGUGAAGCCGGGAGAGGAGAUAGCGCACUGGGUGCGACACGUGGUCCGCACGGGAGGCGCUCCACACCUUCGGUCCCCUGCACUCCUGGUACCCUGGUACCAGGCCUUCUACUUGGAUGUGCUCGCUUUAGCGUUUGUUGCGUUUUAUGCAAUCCUGGUUGUGUUUAGAUUGUUGAUUGGAAAGAGGGUGUUGGUUAGUGAUGUUAGGUGAAUUGAUGUAGUUUUAGUUAGGUUAAUUG